AUGAAACGCGGCGGCGCGGUAGCCCGCCCGGGCCAGUCAGCCUCGCGUCCCGCGCUGGCCGCCCGUGUGCCGAGCGAGGAGAGCCUCGCCCAACGCGCCAAGCCGCUCAAGCCGAGUUGGAUCGUGCUUCGCCGCACCGGAUCGUAUCGUGUCGUGUUGCGCUGCCGCGUGGCUUAUUGUGCAGCCGAAAUUUCAGCGCGCACCGCUUAA